AUGUGGCCAACGCACUUAAUACUGACUUUAUUUAAAACUACCAGCUAUUUAAUAAUUCCUUUUGCUAUAUUACUCGUCGGAAUUCGGUUUUGGAUUCAGCCCGUCAAAGGCGUGUGUCGGUGUAAAACAAAAUUAAGUGGAAAAGUAGCUUUAGUGACCGGAGGUAACUCUGGCAUCGGAUUAGAAACUGCCAGAGAUCUAGCAAGGCGAGGAGCUAGAGUGAUCAUAGCCAGCAGAGACGUCUACAAGUCCACAGAAGCCGUCAGAGACAUCAUCAACACCACUGGCAACCCUAACGUCGAGCAUAGACAACUGGACUUGGCUCAAUUUAAAAAAAUUCGAAAAUUUGCCGAAGAGUUUAAUAAAACUGAAGAUCGCUUAGACAUUUUAGUAAACAAUGCCGGCGUGAGUGGCUUGAACUAUCGUUUGACUGAAGAUAGACUUGAUAUGUUGAUGCAGAUAAAUUAUUUCGGCCCAGCAUUGCUUACAAAUUUGCUUCUCAACAAGUUAGAACAAUCCAAACCCAGUAGAAUUGUGACAGUGACAUCAUCAAUACACCACGACGGAAAAAUCGAUUUGCAUAAUCUAGAAUCAAAAGAUGUAUCCUCUUACUAUCAAAGGUAUGCGAAUAGCAAGCUAUGCAAUGUCAUUUGGACUAAAGCUCUGGCAAAGCGAGUGGAUGGCGUUUCUGUAAAUUCUGUUCACCCCGGCUUAGUUUACACAGACAUUUAUAACUCUUUCGGUGUAAUCCAGAAAAUUGCAAUCCUUGGUGUAAUUAGACUUCUUUUUAAGACGGCUGAAGAGGGAGCCCAAACGUGUGUACAUUUGUGUGUCGCUCCAGAACUUGAAAAUAAAUCUGGUGGUUAUUAUGUAGAAUGCAAAGAGAGGCGACCUGCAAGAGUUGCGAGAGAUGACGAUUUUGUUAAUAAAGUUUGGAAUACAACCAUGGAAAUAAUAAAGCAGUAA